AAGCCCAGAGGGAUCCACUGAUCAGUCACAUGGUUUUUAAUUUUCAUCUCAGCAGCACACGGACUUGCUUCGAUUACACUAGUACAGAGAUAAAAUACGGGUUAGUGUAGUUGUACUGGUGAUAAAAAUAUAAGAGCAAAAAGAGUGAAGUUGGUGGUAGACAAGAAAGAUAAAACCCAAGCACCAGCUGACAGUCCAUUGCCACCGUCUUAGAUUCAAGUAACAUGGCCACCAUGUUGUCCCGGGCGAUUGUCCGUUUAAACUCUAAAAUUCUUUCAAAGUCUAAUGGAUUGGUGAAACAACCGGUGAGAUGUCUGAAUGUGCAUGAACACAUCUCAUACAGCUUGCUCAAUGAAGCCGGUAUUCCGACUCCCAAAUUUGGAGUCGCCAAGACUCCAGAUGAAGCUGCUACUCUUGCUGCUGAUCUCAAGACCAAGGACAUUGUCCUGAAGGCCCAGGUUUUGGCUGGUGGCCGUGGAAAGGGUCACUUCAAGGACAGCUCUGUCAGUGGUGUUAAAAUGUGUGAAACACCAGAAGAAGCUAAAUCUCUAGCAGCCCAGAUGUUAGGAAAAUUAUUAAUCACCAAGCAAACUGGUGAGGGUGGUAGAAUAUGUAAUGCUGUAAUGGUAACACAGCGGAUGUUUCCUCGAAAAGAAUACUACUUAGCAGUUAUGAUGGAGCGAGCCUUUGGAGGUCCAGUAAUAAUUGCCUCAAGUCAAGGAGGUGUAAACAUCGAGGAAGUAGCCGCUACUAACCCAGAUGCCAUUAUGUACGAACCAAUCGACAUCAACAAAGGUAUUACUAAAGAACAAGCGAGCCGCAUCGCUGAAAAACUUGGUCUGGGCAACGUUAAGGAUUAUAUCUCAAACAUCAUCCUGAACCUUUACGCUAUGUUCCUGAAGAAAGACGCACUUUUGCUCGAGGUCAACCCUCUUGCCGAAGACAUCCAAGGCAACUACUUUGCACUUGAUUGCAAGUGCCGAUUUGACGACAAUGCCGAGUUCCGGCAAAAAGACCUCUUUGCCCUCCGGGAUUGGACUCAAGAAGACCCCAAAGAGGUCGAGGCCGCUAAGUUCGAGCUGAAUUACAUCGCGCUUGAUGGAAAUAUUGGAUGCAUGGUCAACGGUGCAGGUUUAGCCAUGGCUACCAUGGAUAUUAUCAAGCUUCAUGGUGGAGAGCCCGCUAACUUUUUGGAUGUCGGUGGUGGUGCUACUGCUUCAGCUGUUAAAGAAGCCUUCAAAAUUAUUACAUCCGACCCCAAGGUUCAUGCCUUGUUGGUCAAUAUUUUCGGAGGUAUCAUGAGAUGUGAUGUAAUCGCUGAGGGUAUUAUUGCAGCCACGAAAGAAUUAGAUCUCAAGAUUCCAGUUGUUGUACGACUUCAGGGAACUAACGUCGAUGAAGCCAAAGCCUUGAUUGCUAACGCUGGAUUGAAAAUCGUACCAGUAGAUGAUCUUGAUGAAGCAGCUCGCAUUGCUGUAAAAUUGUCGACAAUUGUAAAAUUAGCUCACUCAGCAAAUCUCAGCGUUAACUUUGAAAUUCCUCAAAUUUCAUAAAUUUAGCGCUUAUUUAAUUGAAUAAACGUAUUGACAUUAUAAUUAAAAAAAAAAUCGCCAUAAUCUUAAUGCGAGAAAAUCAAUAGUAAAAUUAAAAGUUAAUAUUUAUAAUAUUUUUAUCAAUUUAGCAUAAUUAUUUUUUUAUUUCUGUUAAAAUCACUCAACUGAAAAAAGCACGUGGAAAUUACCUCUCUCAUUAAUACUGCAACACUUGUAAAUUAAUAUACAUAUAUAUAUCGCUUCGCGGUACUGACAGACUUA